AUGUUUUACAUGUACUUUACAAUUUUAACAUUCGAGACAAAGAACCCGACAGAAUUAGCAGAACGUUUGCGCUCUGUCUGUGGGAAUCAGAGCAAUGCCUAUGCCCGCCUGCUGGAAUACCGCCUGAAUGCCUUGCGAGGACUGUGGAAUGCCCAGCGCCAGCUGGCCUUGGAAGAACAGCAUGAAAGGGAAAGUUCGGGUGAUGAAGAAACUUUGGCCCUGCUCAAACGCCAGGGCUUGUUGCAGCAACCCGAGCAAGCACCCUUCACAUCGCGAAUGGGGCUCCUGCUGGUCUUCCCCCUUAUUCAGUCCCAGAGUAGAACAGACCCCUCUCUCUGUAACAUAACUGCUGAGGUGCUAUUGAACUGCCUUCGCGACUGCCAGCCUUUGAGCCUGACCAAGGAGCCUGCUGACUGUCUCAAUGGAAUUGAAACUUUGCUGUGCUCUUGGCUAGAGGAGACUUCCGACACAGGUCGACACAUCCCAUAUAAGCAAAAAGAAAAUGCUGCUGCUGCCCUGGUGGCUUUGGCAUGUGCCAGGGGAUCAUUGAAAACUUUUGUCCAUACAGUCCAUCUAUUACAGAAACAGACUGAUCUAGGGUCCCUGCCUGUAGCUGAUGUACUGUAUAGGCUGUUGCUUUUGGAAGGGGGGCCUGGAUCCCCCUCCUGUUUGCUUGGGGGCAAACACAUAGUAUCAUGGGGGUAUGAAGACAUGUUGCCUGCACCCGAUAGCAACACUGGCUCCAGUUCUGAAAAUAAAGAUGCUGACUUGGGACGCUGUCUCACGGCAGACGGUCUUUACCUGUAUACUACUAACUCAGUUGGAAGAGGAGUAAGCAAAUUGGGAUCUGGAUUACAUGGUACUCUCAGAGGUUUUGUGUACUGCCGGAAUGAGGAGCUGGAGCCAGGAUGGGUGGCUUUUGGCAGUGGCUGUCUUCUCCAUCGGCCUGUAUCUUUUGAUAAUAAACCUCACUCCCUUUUCCAGGCCAUUGACCAGAACACCCUUCAGGUGUGCCAGAUGGUGCCAAUGCCAGCCAAUCACCUCCCUGUUGGCAGCACCAUGAGCACCGUGCACCUUUCUUCAGAUGGCACUUACUUCUAUUGGAUCUGGUCUCCUGCCAGUCUGAAUGAGAAAACACCUAAGGGGCAUUCUGUCUUCAUGGACAUUUUUGAACUUGUAGUUGAAAAUGGAGUAUUUGUAGCCAACCCACUCCAGGAACGCACAAUUCUAAUGAGAAAAGAGGGUGAGUCUGCAAAAAGCAUUAAUGAGAUGCUUCUGAGUAGACUUUCUCGGUAUAGAGCCUCCCCUUCGGCAACACUCGCUGCCCUAACUGGCUCCACCAUCUCCAACACGCUGAAGGAAGAUCAAGCAGGCUCAUUCAGCUUAAUGUUUGUUUCCCAAGUCCUAGCCUCUAGCCUGGUGUAUAAUAUUUCGGAUGGUCAGUUUACAAGUCGUGCGGAUCUUAUAGAUGCUGCUGGAAGCUCACUGGGGCGUGGUGCUCUUGUACCAGGACUGGGUGCCUGUUACGAUACAGUGAACAACAUGCUGUGGACAUGCUCAAAUGACUAUAUUGAUCAGUGGUGUAAUCCCGGGAAUCAAGCCUUCCACUAUGUCUGCCAGAGACUUGGAGUCAGCCACAUCAUCACUGAGCCCAAAGAAGAGGCUAUAACCACAAAUGAGGUUAUAAACCAAUUAUUGCACCACGUUGGUGCGAUGUGCAUACACCAACUCAAUCUUCUUGCUACCAACCCCAAUCUUCCAAUCACAAGUGUCUUGGGCAAGCAGCAUCCAAUUGAAGCACACCAUCUUAGCAGUAUUUGUGACAUUAUGGAGAAGGCCAUGGUUAAUGGAGAUACCUGUAUUAUACGCUGCAUCCUUGUUGUCUUUCAGGUGGUGUUUAAAUUUUUCUUCAGCCCACAAACUGAAAGGAAUCGAGACAUCAUUCGACGGUCAGGAUUGCUUCUUUGGCAGUUGUUGAUGGCACCAAAAGAUCAAAUUUGCCCUGAAAUUCAGAAGGAGGUCUGCCUUGCUAUCAGGUAA